AGAGAGUGGAAGGCAGAGAGGGCAAUAGACUGUGAUAUAGAAAGAGUUAUAAUCCAUAAUGAUGCAACCACCUCCAGCUCCACCUUGUCAACAUUUAGAAUUAUAACGCAUUGGGCAACACAACCCGAACCCAUCUCCUUGGUGAAAUAUUUCGUUAAAAUGGAACCUGAUCGUGAUGGCAGAUUGGAGGUCGUGGUUGUCGAGUGGGAGAAU